AUGGAUUCUCUUCCCACGGAUAUCUUAGUAGAACUCCUUUCUAGGGUUCCAGUUGAAUCUAUCUUGGAGUGCAAAUUAGUUUGUAAACGUUUUGGAACUCUCAUCCGCGGAAGUGAGUUUACUAAGAUGCACCUCAGACGCCAGCUUCAGGUGGAGGAGCCAUGUCUCUUUUUUGCUUGCCGCAUUUCCAUGUCCGGCAACAGAACGUUACUUUUCAACGGAGGACAAGUAAGUGAUAGGAUUAGCGUUGAUGAGAAAUACAUUUACAAUCAAAAUCUGAAAAGGGUCUAUCAUCCUCGUAUGCACAAUAAUGUUUCGUAUAAUCACUUAGUUGGCUCCUGCAGUGGUUUGGUUUGUGCAUUUCAACACCACCAUUCGGUUAUAGAUCCCAUCUAUAUUUGUAAUCCCCUUACCAGAGAAUACGUUUAUCUUCCUCAACUAGUUGAGCCUGAUCUUGGCCGUGUAAAGGGAGGAGAGGUUUACAUGUAUGGUCGUAUAGCAUGUGGAUUUGGGUACGUUAAAUCAACCGAUGAGUAUAAGGUUGUAAGAAUCCGUUACAAAAACAACGGGUUCGCUGAUGGAAAUGUUGAAGUAUACACACUUGGCAGUGGUUGUGGGUGGAGAGCUUUAGGUACAGUUUUGUAUGGACUGGAGAAGAGUGGUACUUAUGCAAAUGAUGCUAUUUACUGGAUUUCGUACGACAAAGUUGUGGCCUUCGACUUGGCUAAUGAAGAGUUUCGAUUCCUACCAGUCCCUCCUUAUAUGAAAAACCGUGACUGCGGACUUGUAGCACUCGGAAGGCAUUUGUGUCUUUAUAUAAAUUGGUCCAGUGCAGUAGAAAUCUGUUACUUGAUAGAAAGUAGCGAAUCGAAGGAGACCUGGUGUACCGAGUUUGUUAUAGACUUAUUUGAAGCCAUGAUUUCCAACGACGCAUCAACUGAUUAUAUCAGGCAUGUCGAAGCAAUUGCUCACAUAAACACCUUUGCGUCGUUGGAAGCUACGGGAGAAAAUUCAAAGAGAUACACAACAGCUCUUCCACGACGGGUUCCACGCCCGGUUCGUACUCCAUGGGAUGAUGUUGCUGAUGAGGUAUACCGAGUUGCUCCUGGUGAGGAAAUUGAUACAACUUGUUUCGGGUUCGAGCCUUUCGGGAGAUCAUUUUAG